UCCAUCAUGAAUCAUUCCUUUUCAUCACCCUCCCACCUUGACCUAACUCUUCCCACCAACUCUUCUUCCCUCUCUCCAUUCUCCCAUGGAGGCAAGUGUCCACGCAACCACCACCACCUUCCACUAUCCAUCCUCUUCCUCUCCUUCCUCUUCUACUACCUCUUCUCCUCCUCCUCCACGUCCGUCACCUCCCCCAGUUGUUCUCAGCCCUUGUGCCGCCUGCAAGAUCCUCCGCAGGAGAUGCAUCGACAAGUGCCUGCUCGCGCCUUAUUUCCCUCCCAACGAACCCCUCAAAUUCAGCACCGCUCAUCGAGUCUUCGGUGCCAGCAACAUCAUCAAAUUGUUGCAGGAGCUUCCGGAGAGCCAGAGGGCGGAUGCAGUGAGCAGCAUGGUGUACGAGGCGAAUGCUCGAAUGAGGGACCCGGUGUACGGGUGCGCCGGGGCCAUUUGCCAGCUCCAGAAGCAAGUGAGCGAGCUGCAGGCCGAGUUGGCCCGGGCACAGGCUGAGCUCGUCACCAUGCAGACCCAGUACGCAAGCCUGGUCGCAACCAUCUGCAUGGAGAUGCCUCAGUCUCAGCAGUUCAUGCUGCAAUCUCUCGACAACUUCCUCGACACAAAUAAUCUCAACUUGUUGCAGAGUGAUGGUUCCAUGCAGCUGGAUGAUUAUUGCCAAGAUUCAAUUUGGGAGGCCGAGCUUUUAUGGACAUGAGCAAAUUCUUCUUAGUCCUCCGCAAGGAUAAAUGGACCAACGUUUUAAAAAUGUAAAAAAAGAAAAGAGGAAAAAAAAAAGACAUCUUGGAUUCGACUUCGUAAUCAAGAUGGAUAGGUAGGACAAGAGACGUGAGAGGAAUGUUUUGUACCAAUAACAGUAAUUUAUCCUUGAUUGACUAUGAGAAAUGUUAAUGAACUCUCUGAACAUAGUUUUUGAAGU